GCGUCGCGCCGCGCACGUCGAGAGGGCGCAGCAACGCAGAGCCACGGCGGCCGGAACAGGAUCACCAUGAACGUUGCCUUCCUUCGUGGGUAAUUCGCCCAUCGGUUGCGAAUUGAGCAGCAAGCUUCGCAGAUUCGCCGAAGUCUUUGGCGGCCCGGUCGUCCUCUUCGACGAUGGUUGCCCAGGGCAGCGUGGACAUGCCCAAGGAGAGCAUCCGCGCAAGAAGAGAGCGCCUCCCACGCCCCUGAGACGCGCCAAGGAGCCCGACGGGAGUUGGAACCAAGUUCUCUCGAAUCCAACAAGGUGGCGGGCUCGGAGGCCGUCGGGACUUCGCAGGCACCCACGCCGUCGGCGAAGCGUAUGCCCGAGGAGCACAAGCUCCAGCUGCUGGCCAAGCGGAAGGCGUUCACCGAGGACGGACAGGCUGCACAACAGGAAGGAGUUCAAGAGGGAGAUGGAGGCGAAUCGCGUCACGUCCGACCUCUCGUGGGAGGACUACUUCUUGGAAACAGUAUCAGGAGGUGACGUUGGGCCAGUCCCUCGGCUGCGACCUCGAGCUGUCCUGGCCCUCCAUGGCGGAGGCCGUGCAGAGCAUGCCGCAGCAUCAGAGUCCUUUGGAGCAAGGCCAGAGGCAGGAGGAGCUGACCAAGGCGGAGACGGACGACCAGGAGAAGAUCAUCCAGGCCGCGGAGGACAGUAGGACAGCCGUCAGGACAAGGUGCAAGUCCGGGCCGCGAAGCAGGCCACUUGGAAGCCCUCGGACCAGAGGCUGGGCAUGCUUGCCCAGAGCGUCGAGGACAUCCACACGAAGAAGAUGCCUGCAAGACCUCGAAGGACCAGGCCAAGCACGACGUGCUGAAGUGAAAGUGCAAGAUGUGCAGCUACACAAAUUUCGGCUUCCGCGGCAACUGCAAGAUCUGGGGUCGCACUGCCACGCCGGAGACGCUGCUACAGCAAAAGAAGCAUAAGGAGCAUCUGGAGACGAGUCUAGCCGCGGCCAUGAGGGAGGACAAGGAGCGCGGCCCCUUGCAAGCGGCGGGCAGUUCGCCAGCGGGCCAGUUAGAGGCGAGCAGUUCUCGGGCCACUCAGCCCAAGCAGGCGUCUGCACCGCGACCGAACUAGUCGCCGUGGAUGGGGAGGGGCGUCAUGGA